UUUGCAAUAACGACCGUCGAACCGUGAUCGUUGAUCUCACUGCGUGCUGUUGCUUGCGGUAACAGUUAGUGUACAGUGAAUGAAUUCUCGGUCGCGCUCGAUGACUGCAACGAUCGGCUUUCAGCUUGAUCGAGAUCGAUUCUGAAAUCCUGGCCUCGCCCGGUUGACGAUCCCGCUAUUGUUGCUCGUGAUAGUUACUAGCUUCUCUGCGGUACCGUAGUGGAAAGUGACAGUGACGGCCAGCCCCGAGUGACAUAACCGAAGAAAGUGUCUGAACCUGUUGCUAAUUGACAGCCAGUUUCCGUCUACGUGCUGGUAAUGACCAGAUGUCGCGGAGAUAAAAAUGCUGUCAAAAGCAAACUCGGGAUUCGUUCUUUCACGGUUCAGAUCAGACGACCUGCCUCUCUGGAAAGUUCUGAAGAAACGUCUUAAGGUAAUCCGCAGAGGAUACCCGAGUCUCCCGUGAAACUGUCUCGCUCUGCCCAUGUCUAACGAUGCACGAUCGUGUUGCCGAUUCGCGAAGAACGUACGGAGGCCUGUGUUUUCGAUCCAGUUAGAGCAGAACCAGUGUAGAGAGAUAAUAGUGUAGAACAAUGUCGUCGAACGGUGAAUUUUCGACGAUGUCCAGCGAGGAGGUGCCCUCGCUGCCAAAAUCCUUGCCCAGCUCUAGGGAGGCCACCGCGGAGGGUAGUUCCGGUUCCAGCGGCGGCUACAUGCCACUUCGAGAGUUCCUGGAUCGAUUCUCGUUACCCAGAGUGGUCAGACUCGAAGGUACCGGCGGCAGGCCGGUGUUGCUGUACAAACAGCAACAGAGAUCGCUCCGGGUUACUGCCACCCUAUUGAUACAUCGUUAUCGGCACGAUGUCAAAGUGGGACCGGAAAUAGUCAUCCCAGAGGGUUAUCCGGGGUGGUUUUCUGUGAUAUCUGGCAACAAUACAACCGGAAGUGCAAGGGUCUACAGAAGAGUGGACUCCCUAGUGCGAGCAGGGGUGCCAGCAUUUCUGCUGGCUGCACCUUUAAGGGCAUACAUUUUAACCCACUCGAAAAUGGCUUCCGAAAAGGAUCAGUAUGCGCAAUGUUUGGAUCCACAUGGUCGCGAGGUAUUUGCUCCUUUAUCGGCAAGAGGAGAAUUUUAUGCUAUUUGCCAGAAUGGAAGUAUCGAUACUGGAAGCGAUGCAGUGCUGUACAAAGUGCAUCAUCUUGCGAAAAGACCAUUGCCUCUCAGGGUUCGUUUGAUAGCCGGUCCACUACCUGUACCAUUGCCGAGGGAAUAUGGUGGUUUAAUGCAGCUGGAAAGCUCAACUCGAGGUCCAAUUGUUUUAGGGUGCAUCGUACCGGAAAGACCAGUUCACAAUCCAGAAAUGCUUGAGUUAGUUGUAACCGGAAAUGGUGCCCCAAGAGUGAGAAGAGCACGAUUAGGUUAUCCGUCAGAAGCUAGGCUUUUGGCUUCACCGAAAAUGCAACGAUUAUUAUCUGCCUGCAGCCGGGCUGUCGGAGAUCGUGCAACGGAACCAAGAGUGGCACCUCUGAAACUGCAUCCAGUCGGCGAAAAUCUGAAAGAGAUGCAUUUAAAGAAAAUUAAACCGAAACCGGAAACGAAGCCAAUUCUGCAAAGCUUGAAAGAUGGACUGGAACAAUUAAAAAAGAGCACCGUUAGGGAGAAAAGUCAAACCAGACAAAAUUGUCGAAAUGGAUUUCUAGAUCGAAUUUCAAAAUUUGCUCAAGGCAAUCGUAGCAGAAAUCCUGCAAAAAAAUCAGCUUCGUUCACGUUUGCGGUAAAACCCGAAAUUGCUAUGAGGUGUCAAGAACGUUACUCCAGUUUGGAGCCAGAAACUACCUCUCAUCCGAGUCAUUCGAACUCUUCCAAACAACCUGUACAAAGAUCAGCGUCCACCAGUGUUUUAGAAAUGCCAGCCAAUGUUGAAUUACAACCCAAUUAUUCUCGUGUUAGAGAUAGUCUUACACCAGUGCCAUCCCUUCCCAAGUUAACCAGGACCAAAGCUGACGACAUUUAUGCGGAGAUUUGUGAGAAUGCGGCCGCGCAGGUCCAGAAAUGUCCCGGAAGUCACGUGAUGGCUAGGAUCAAAAUCGUUGUAAAAGGCCGUGAUUCGUCCACGGCACUGCCGAGCAAGAUUAGCAAUGAUAGUAGAUACGUAAACUCGAUGGUAACGAGCGAGCAAAUUGAUUCGAUUAUCAGCACGGAAGAUGAAGUUAUUUACAAUACGAUAUUUUAAACAUGGAGAAUUUUAUUAUUAUAUAAGUUA